AUGAAGCGGCGCAAUGCAGACUGCAGCAAACUCCGACGGCCGAUAAAACGGAACCGAAUCACCGAGGGUAUAUAUAGCAGUACGUUCCUGUACCUGAAGUUCCUGGUAGUGUGGGUGUUGGUUCUGCUGGCUGACUUUGUGCUGGAGUUCAGGUUCGAGUAUCUUUGGCCCUUUUGGCUUUUCAUUCGGAGUGUCUACGACUCCUUCCGGUAUCAGGGUCUGGCAUUCUCUGUCUUCUUUGUGUGUGUGGCAUUUACAUCAGACAUCAUCUGUCUCCUCUUCAUCCCCGUCCAAUGGCUGUUUUUUGCUGCCAGCACCUACGUAUGGGUCCAGUAUGUCUGGCACACAGAAAGAGGAGUCUGUCUCCCUACUGUGUCGCUGUGGAUCCUGUUUGUGUAUAUCGAAGCUGCCAUACGCUUCAAAGACCUGAAGAACUUUCACGUCGACCUGUGUCGACCCUUUGCUGCUCACUGUAUCGGCUAUCCAGUUGUAACUCUGGGCUUUGGCUUUAAGAGUUACGUCAGCUACAAAAUGCGACUGAGGAAACAGAAGGAAGUGCAGAAGGAGAAUGAAUUUUACAUGCAGCUUCUUCAACAGGCUUUACCACCAGAGCAACAGAUGCUGCAGAGGCAGGAACGGGAGGCAGAAGAGGCAGCAUUAUCUAAAGGCAUCUCAGAAAUAGAUUCUUCAGUUAUAUCCCAAAACGGAGCACCUCCGGGAAAGAAAACCACUUCGUUGCCAUUACCAGAACUGGAGUACCGGGAAAAGGGGAAGGACAGUACUGCAAAAGCACGCGAGGACAAAAAACAAACAGUUGGGAUCAAUAACAACAGUAUUAUACAUACGCUGGACUCCAAACUCCAGGAGACGGACUACAUUGAGAACUACAUUGGGGCAAAGAGACUGAAUAACGACCUAGUAGGAGAAAACGCACAAGUUGACACCAACUCACACUUUAUUUCUAAAGAGGAAACAGGAGGUACUGGGAAGAACUACAAAAACGGCAGUGGAGGUGGGAGCAACAUUUCAAACUCCUCUCCGCGCAAUCACAUUUCCACAAAUGGGAGUGUUCCGGGUUCAUCAACCAAUAAGAGUGACAAAAAGCAGAAAGGAGCAGGGAAGGGUCAGAAGGAUCCUGUAGAGAACUGUAUCCCCAACAACCAGCUGGGCAAAUCGGACACUCUAGUGCGGCUGGAGCAGGACAUGAAGCGUCUGAAGGCGGAUCUUCAGGCCAACAGGCAGAUGGAGUCGGAGCUGCGGAGUCAGCUUUCCUCCCUGAGCAGCCAGGACCGCAGCCUUCGCUCUGAACUAGGCCAGCUUCGCCAGGACAACGAGCUGCUACAGAACAAGCUCCACAGUGCUGUUCAGGCAAAGCAGAAGGAUAAACAGGCCAUCUCCCAGCUGGAGAAAAGGCUAAAGGCUGAGCAGGAGGCUCGGGCGCUGGCAGAGAAACAACUGGCUGAGGAGAGGAAGAGGAAGAAGAUGGAAGAGGCCACUGCUGCCAGAGCCAUAGCAUUAGCUGCUGCCAACAGAGUGGAGUCGACUGAUUCUCUGCGAGGGCGUAUCAGAGAGCUGGAGACGGAGUGCAAGAAGCUCAGCAUAGAAACAAAACUCAAAGAGGAGCAGAUUAGGGAUCUAGAGGGCAAGUGUCAGGAGCUACGGAAGUAUAAAGAGAACGAGAAGGACACGGAGGUGUUGAUGUCUGCCCUGUCAGCUAUGCAGGAGAAGACUCAGCACCUGGAGAACAGCCUGAGUGCCGAGACCAGGAUCAAACUGGACCUCUUCUCUGCCUUAGGCGACGCCAAAAGACAGCUGGAAAUCGCACAAGGUCAGAUCCACCAGAGGGAGCAGGAGAUUGCAGAGCUGAAGCAGAAGAUAGCGGAGGUGAUGGCGGUGAUGCCCAGCCUUUCUUACUCUGCAGACGGCAGCAGCCUGAGCCCCGUCACGCCUCACUACUCCUCCAAGUUCAUGGACAAUAGUCCCUCCUCCCUGGACCCCAACGCAUCCAUCUACCAGCCCCUUAAAAAGUGACUCUGGCAGUCAGAACUUUUCUCUUUAGUUUGGGGAAGCUCUCUGUUCCAGUUCGGGUUAUUUUCGGUUUACCAGCCCCUGACAGUUUUUGCACUCGACUGAACUGUAUACGAACACAGACCCACGUGGCACACACACACCCCUCCGCACGGAACUAUAACAAAGUCCGUUUUUGGUUCUGUUAUGAGAACUUUGUUUUGGGGAGGUUGUCUGCAGUAAGGUAUCAGUAAGCUUGGUAUUUAAUUUUUUUGACAUUACAGUCAGAUCCAUAAGUAUUUGGACAGUGACAGGUUUUGUAAUUUCGCCUUUGCACAUUACACCAGUGAAGAAAUAAAACAUUUAAAAUCUGUUUCUAGUGUUAAAUUUCAGCUUCAGUUCAGGUUGAUUAACAAAAAUAUCAUUUUAACCAUUUAGGAAUAAACCAUCAUUUUUAUACACAGUUGCUCCACUUUCAGAGGCCAAAAAUAAUUGGAGGCAAUUGAAUAAACUAAAUGUAGCUUAUUGUCCAAACAAAACAUCACUUUUACAGCCAGGUUUCUUUAGAAGGGUUGG